UGAGCCAAUCGGAGUGGAGACGGUGGGUGGGUGGUCCUAAUCCGGCAAUAUCUGGUUAUUGUCACGAUGAUUUCUGUGUAGGAGCUCUUAGCUAAGAUUUGCAGUUGUAGCUUUUCGGGUGCUAUUUUUGCGAGCUUGUCCUUCAACAACACUAGGAAUUUGAGCACACGAGCAAACUAUGAAGCACGAACACUACGGCCGAUCGCCGUGUCCGUGUCCAUUGCCAUGUCUGACAUGGACACGGCGCGGAUACGUGUCCGGCGCGUAUCGGCGGAUUAAACGACAAAAAAAAAACGAAAAGAAAAUCGGACACGGCGGCGGCACGGCCGGACAUGGAGGAGACACGGCGAGCCCACGAGGCAGGGGAAAAAAGCCCAAGCCCACUAGAAGCAACAAUUUUGUAUUGCUUGCCUGGUCCCUUGUCGUCGAAAUGGCAGAGUUACUUAUCUCUCGCUCACCUUCAGUGGAUCCGAAGAUAGAGAAGCCUGAUGAGAUAAUUACAACCGGUGUUCUUGCAAGUGUUCAGAAAUUCCUACGCAAAUGCCUCGUAGCUGUCCUCUCAUAUGGCCCAAUGCCCAAACACAUUGCAUUUAUCAUGGAUGGUAAUCGUAGAUAUGCUAAAUUCAGAAGCAUCCAGGAAGGAACUGGUCACAGGGUGGGUUUCUCUGCUCUUAUUGCAAGUCUGCUGCACUGCUAUGAACUGGGUGUGAAAUACAUUACUGUCUACGCAUUUAGCAUCGAUAAUUUUAAAAGAGACCCAAGUGAGGUGCAGUCCUUGAUGGAGUUAAUGGAGGAAAAGAUCAACGAACUACUAGAAAACAGAAAUGUGAUCAACAAGAUUAACUGUAAGAUCAACUUCUGGGGCAACUUGGACCUGUUAUGCGAGCCAGUGAGGUUAGCAGCUCAGAAGCUGAUGGCGAGCACAGCUGGAAACACAGGGUUGGUCUUCUCUGUCUGCAUGCCAUAUAACUCGACUUCUGAGAUUGUCAAUGCUGUUAGUGAGGUCUGUGCAGAAAGGAGGGAAAUGUUGCAGGAAGAACAUGCUGGCAACUGUAAUGGCCAUGCUGCAAAUAAUGGUGUUCAUUCAGACAUUUCAGUGGCUGAUUUGGAUCGCCAUAUGUAUAGCACUGGUUGCCCAGAUCCUGAUAUCGUGAUCCGGACAUCAGGUGAGACUCGACUGAGCAAUUUCCUUCUGUGGCAGACAACGUUCAGUCAUUUGCAGAAUCCAGAUCCUCUGUGGCCCGAGUUCUCUCUCAAGCACCUUGUUUGGGCUAUAUUACAGUAUCAGAGAGUUUACUCUUAUCUAGAGGAAAACAGAAAGCUGGCUAAGAAGCAACUGUGAUAUCAUGUUCUCUGCAAGGUGAUACCAAGAAGAUUAUAGUUAUAUCACAUCAACUUGUCCAAAACUUACCUUUUCUAUUUUCGCUGAAAUGUGCAAAGGAACAUAGCUUAUGCCACUAUGGACAGGUCACAGGUGAAACUCGUGUGCCAUUGUAAUCCUGUAACUUAUUCGAGCUUGUACAAAUGACGUGACUCCUAGAUUUGCAGCCUGCCAGGGAGCCACGGCCAAAAAUACGAAAUUUUAUCAGUAA